AUGGGGACUCCUUUCGGGCCCGAGGUGCAGCAGGUCCAUCCAAAGCAUGGUGGCAAACCAGGUCCUAUGGGUGCUACGCCUCUUCUCCCAGAUAUUCCGCCCCAGUAUCCACACGAGCGGGAGCGCGAGUUCAGGUUUAUUCCUUCCAAAGGCGGACCGGGUCAGAUCCAGAUGGGCGUCCCGCCUCGUUCUCAGCAGAUGCUUCCCCAUCCGCAAGCUCAGCACCCAAUGGGCACACCCCAUCUGCGCCAGCAUCACCUACAAGACAUGUACGGCCCCGGCCCAAUGGGUAUGCAGUCCCGCCGCCCGUCUCCUCCCUUGAUGCACUCACAUUCGGCGCCACCCGCGUUCAUGCUCCCGCGGUCCGGCUCGCCCCCCACGACUCUCGUCCUCCCAAUCAAGAACCUGGGCACGUUCGUCUACCCACGCACGCCCUUCCCCUUCCUCGACUUCCCCCCUCCAUAUACCGCUUCGGGGGCACCAUCCGAUCCGCUCGACGUGCGCGCGACGGUCUGCCUCCCCGCGCGCUUCAUUCCGCUCACGCGUCCCGUACGGCCGCGCAUCUGGGGCGGCGCGCUCAUCCCCGCCGUCCCGCCGCUCUCUGGUGCGCAGCGGCAGCUGUGCGCGCAGUUCUCCGGGACGCACGCGCAGUAUGGGCGGCCGUGGCCGGACGAGGUGCGCGAGGGCCGGAGAGUGUACACGGACGACUCGGACCUGUUUUUGUGUGCGCUGCAUGCGGGGUGGGUGUCGUGGAGCCAGGCGCGGAAGGCGCGGAGGGAGGGGAACGAUCUGAGGAUAGAGGUGCGCCUGACAAGGGAGGCGAGGUAUAUUGGCGGGUUUGGGAACGCGCUGCACGCGAGGGGGCGAGGGGAGGUCGUGGAGGACUUGGGGGCGGAGGACGACGGGAGGGAGCUGUUGAGCUCGGGCUGGGGGAACGGGCACGAUGGCGCGGGCAUGGAGAUCCUGAACGCUGAGUUCGUCCUGCCUGGUACGGCACACUCGUUCGGGCUGCGGAAUCGCUCACAGCGCAUGUUGGAGUACGCAGAGCGGCGCAGUGCGCUUGGGUGUGCGCCCCGCUCAAGUCGCAAGCGGAGACGACUGCUCAACGGUACCUUCGCGGGUGACGAGAGUGCGGUGCAGACGCGGUUGAAUGAGGACGACGACGAGCUCAGUGCCACGCGCGUUAUGGUCUUCGGCACCGACUCGAGCUGGCCUGAGAUUGGGUAUGUUGAUCUUGAUUCGGCGAUGUUGUUCUUUGAACGUGCACUUAACAAUCUUGUUCUCUCCUAG